CCUUCGAUGAGGCCACCCGGUCCUGCAAGGGAUUCUGGGGUGCCUCACCAUAAAUCAGGGGCUCCAAUAAAAUGGGAGCAUGCAUGCAUGGUAUAUAUGAGAAAGAAUAUGCAGAUAUGCAAUCUGCACGUUUGGGUGUGUAUCCAUCAGUGUGUAUCACGAACACAUGCAUGCAAUCAGUGUGAGCUGGUAUGUGUAUGAAUGUGUGGGGUGUGCAUACGUAUAAUAUGCAUCUGUGCACGUGUCUAUUUAUAUGUUCUUGUUUAUGUUAUGUAGCUAUACUUCUACCUGAUCAAAUAUACUCAGAAUAAGUGGGUGUGAUAUAGAGUGUGCGUGUUUGCUUGUGUGCAUUUGGAUAAGUGAUUGAAAGUGUUUAUACAUCCCACAGAAAGUGUACCUUCGGACUACAUACACAUACAUGCAAUCCAUUUAUGUAUAUGUGUACAUUGUGUAUAAGGACUUUGUAAGGAAGCCACCGCCUUGAAGAGCAGGGCUGUCCUGGUUCAGCCAUUCUGGAGGGCUUUCCUUCAUAGGAUCUUCACGUGUCAGAUUUGACCACCCGGACCAACAACGAAUGCAGUGUGUGUGUGAUCCAGUGUGUGCAUGAAUGCUUGUGUUUGUAAUUGAGUGUUACGUUGACAUACGUGUAUACGAUCAAUGGAAUCAGGUUGUUUGUGUGAUGUACUGUGUGUGUGGUGGGUGCAGUUGCCAGGCAGCCACGUGUAGAAUUCAUAGCAUUGUUCCCUUCUUGUAUCCCCGUAGCAUCCAGGGCAAACUUCCCUGAAGUGCUGUUUGAUACUUUUAAAGCUACAUGUGUGUGUGUCUAUUGUUAUACAAACAAUCGAUGCAAAUAAACAGUGGGUUGAAUCCAGACUUAGCUCCUGCUUAAAGUAGAUCAGAAUGGGACCAUGGGACCCUCCAGUUCUUGCUGGACUGCAACUCACAUCAUUCUGCACCAUGGAAUGGUGGGUUUCAUGCCAUCAGGAACUGCAGUUUGUUCCAAAAGUGAAACCUUUCAGUCUCUGUCCUCACAUAAGACAAGGGGUACAUGAGCCAAGGUGCUCAGGGCCCAAAUUGAGAAAAGCCAACAGGAGCAGAAGGGAUGCCCACAUGGGGAAUAGGAAUUGGCAGGUACAAUUUUUGACCUGGCUAGCAACGGGCAAAUAAAAAUUUAGUCCCCUGCAUAUUUAGUAGCAGUUUACAGUCACACAGGUUGCUUUAAGAAGGAUCUUUGCCCUUCUUAGAAAAGGAUUGGUGGGACAUUUAUUUUUUAUUUAUUUACAUUGCAAUUUGUAUCCUGCCUUUUUCCUACAAAGGGCUCAAGGCAGCUUACAUCAUCUCUCCUCCUCCAUCUUAUCCCCACAACAACAACCCUGUGAGCUCAGCCAUGUCUGCCAUGGCUGAUGAAACAUCAGAGGACCUACCAGUGAGAGAUGUAGGCCUGAAUUUUGGAGGGCUACAAGAGUCAUCAGCUGCCCAAAAUGCGAAAGCCCGGCAAACCGUUUCACGCAUCAGCCGAGAAGAGCUGGAAGACCGAUACCUUCGCCUGCAUGAGGAGAAUAUCUUACUUAAGCAGCACUCACACAAGCAAGAGGAUAAAAUCAAAAGGAUGGCCACCAAGUUAAUACGGCUCGUUAAUGACAAGAAGAAAGCCGAGCAAGCCAGUGGCGGCCCCAGGCGGCUGGGCCAGGAUGUGGAAAUGGAGGAAGUGAUCGAGCAGCUGCAGGAGAAAGUUCAGGACCUGGAGAAGCAGAACGAGGCCAUCCGCCACCGGCUUAUUUCGACAAAGCAGCAGCUGCAGCUUCAGGGACACAAGCACGCGCCCUACAGCUAUGUCCAGGCACGCAUUAAUACCGGCCUCCGAAAAGCGACUGAGGGCAUUGGAGUCCAAGAGCGUGCCAAGAAAGGAAUGAGAUUGCAGGAUGUAGAAAUCCGGUCACUGAAAUCCCCCCAGGCGCUGCCACCCAAGUAUGGGCAGAACUUACUUGAAGAAGCAAGAACAGAGAUAAGAAACUUAGAAAAUGUCACUGAAUCAUUACGUGCACACAAUGAGGAAUUGGCACGUACAGUAGAGAUGCUCAGAAGCGAAAUUAGGAAGAAGGAAGAAGAGUUUGAAGACGCGCUCCUGCAACUGAAAGAGCAGCAAACGACAGGCCAACGGUUAAGCAUUCGGGACAACGUUGAAAUGAUCAAGCUCCAUAAACAGUUGGUAGAGAAAAGCAAUGAAUUUUCAGCAAUCGAAGAAAGAUUUCUUCAGCUUCAGGAGAACCAAAGGAGUCUCAAAGCAAGUCACGAUGCCCUGAUGGCAAAGGGAGACGAACUCAAUGUGCAGCUUAAAGAAGAGCGAGCCAAGUGCUUCCACCUGGAGAGGGAACUGCAGGCUGCAGGAUUUUCCAAGCGACACUUGCAAGAGCUGCAAGAAAGAAUUGAUGAUUUGGAAAAAGAGAGGGAUCUUCUAAAGGAGAACUAUGAUAAAUUAUAUAACAGUGCCUUCGGUGUGACCCACAAUCCGCAGUGGAAGUUAAAGGAGCAGCAGCUGAAGCGGCAGAUUCAGCAGCUCGAGGCAGUGUUAAAGUCGGAUUUAGCAGAGAAAAAUGACAUCCUAGACAGACUCAAAGCGGAACGAGACCAAAAUGAAAAGCUCACCAAGGAGAUGAAGGAGCUGCAGUUACGCUUUCUGGAGCAGAAGCAGCAGUUGGACGAAUUGAAGGAUCGCAUGAAGUUUUUCACAAAGGACAGCAAUCUUGAUGCGGCCGAACUCAGUGAAGCUCUGAUGCUUAUAAAGGUUCGUAGGCAGGAAGCAAGUGGAAACCUCCCAUUUUUGGAGAAAGUAGACGACGACAACGUCCAUAAGGAUUUGGAACGUUCCAUGCGCGAGCUCCAAGCAACCCAUGCAGAAACUGUUCAGGAACUUGAAAGGACACGCAAUAUGUUAAUUGUGCAGCAUAAAAUUAACAAAGACUAUCAGGCAGAAGUGGAAUCCGUGACCCAGAAAAUGGAGGCUUUGCAGCGAGAUUAUGAGUUAAAACUGGAACAAUACGUCCACCUUCUUGAUGUGAGAGCCACACGUAUCCGAAAACUGGAAGCCCAGCUAAAGGAUAUUGCUUAUGGCACAAAGCUGUACAAAUUCAGACCAGAUAUCUUGCCAGGUGAUCCCGUCGAUGAGUUUGAUGAAACUGCCCAUUUAGAGCGGGGAGAGAACUUGUUUGAAAUUCACAUCAGCCGAGUGCUGUUUUCUGCUGAAGCUGCAAAGUCUUUUGGGGACCAAGAACCUGCCACAUUCUGUACCUACGCAUUCUAUGAUUUCGAGCUGCAGACCACGCCAGUUGUCCGGGGCCUUAACCCUGCCUACAAUUUUACUUCUCAGUAUCUUGUACGGGUUGAUGACUUCUUCUUACAAUACAUCCACAAAAAUGGUGCCACACUUGAGCUUCAUCAUGCCUGUGGGAUGGACUUUGAGACAGCCGGCUCCUGCCAGCUGAGAUUCCAUGAAAUAUUGGAGAAGAAUGGCCGGAUCUAUAGUUCAGCAAUUUUGGUUGGAGUUGGAAGAGAGAUCCAAAACUACGGGACUGUGGAAUACUGGAUCAGAUUACGUGUUCCCAUGGACCAAGCUAUCAGGCUGUAUAAAGAGCGGGCAAAGGCUCUUGGGUACAUCACAACGAACCUAAAGGAUCAGCCAAUGCUCAGUCCUGCCCAGGGCAGCAGUUCAGCAGAUGGGAACUUAAACGAGCUCCACAUUACAAUAAAAUGUUGCAACAAUCUGCCAUGCCAAAAGAGCGGCCUCCAGCCAAAUCCUUACGUAGUCUACACGUUCUUCGAUUUCGCGGACCAUGACACCACCAUCAUCCCUAGCAGCAACUGCCCGGAGUUUGCUGAUCACAUGUGCUUCCCGGUGCCAAUGAAUGUGGACCUCGACCGCUACCUGAAAUCUGAAUCCUUGAGCCUGUAUGUUUUUGACGACAAUGAAACAGAAGACGGUGUUUAUAUAGGAAAAGCAAAUGUGCCUUUGAUUUCAUUAGCUCAUGACAGAUACAUUUCAGGUACCUUUGAACUAACGAAUUAUGAAGGCCGCUCCACUGGCACCAUUACUGUUGAACUAAAAUGGAAGUUCACCUACCUUCAAGCAGCUGCAACGAUUGUAGCAGCAGACUUGGGAGUUUACAUCCAGAACGAGAAACCAGUGAAGGGGCAAGGGGAAGGUUCAAUCUUGGCUCCUUCCUUUUCUCCAUCAGCAGUGAGGCCUCAGCCGAAGCCAAGGCAGCGCCUCCCUGCAGUGGACAAGAAAGUGUCUUUUGUAGAUGUGGCCACACUGUCAGCUACAAGCCCCAUUCCUGAAAAAGAAGAUAAAGAGAGCAAGCAGAACACUGAAGAUGAAAAGGCUAUUGUUUCAAGCAUUCCUCAGGCUGUGCCAGAAGCGGCAGCAGAAAACGGAACCAGCAAAUCCACAGCCGAGAUUCAGCAAGCACACGAGGAUCUCUCGCAGCUCUCUGAAGGUCAGUUUGCUGACCAGAGCUCGUCCACUUCAGGAGACGAAACCGAAAUUACUGAGGAAUUGGAAGCAGAAGAACAAGACCAAGAAGAGAGACAGACAACGGAUGCAGCCGAAUCUAUAAUAGAUAGCGAUGACUGCAUCGUUCCAUCUUCAGUAUCCACAAGCCGUAAUCAGUCUGCUGACAAAAUCAGGAUUGAAAUCGUAUCACUCAGCCUCUCAGAUUCCCAGAUUGCAAGAGACAACACUAUACAACGGUUGUUUGUGGAGUGCAAGCUCUCCACUUUCCGGGCUGAAACUCCGGUAUCGCUCCCGAAACCCAAAAGCGGGCAGUGGAUCUGCUACAAUUGCAGCCAUGUGGUACACCUGGAUGAGGCGGGCAACAAAGCGAGGCGGGAUUUCCUUAAAGCCGUGCUUCAGGGGUCCGAGCCCAGCCUGGGAAGUAUACAGUUCACAGUGGUAAGUGAUCCGCCCGAAGAGGAGCAGGAUCUGGAGUGUGAGGAUAUCGGCUUUGCCUACGUCAGGCUGAGUGAGAUAUUUAGGAAAAAGCAGGACAUCACCGAACAAGCCAUCAAUGUUGUCAGUUCACAGGAUGAUGGAGCAGUAAUAGGGCACCUCAGAGUAACCGUGAAAGCUUUCCAGGCCCUGCAUUCCAUCUAUGAGGAGCUUAAAAACAGCCGGGAGGUCAGAAAAUAAGAGUCUUCACCCACAGAAGUGCCUUCUCCCAGCGUGGCCAAUGUUGGAUAGCUCUUGGAAGACAGAGAGCUGCUAUAGUAUAUUUAAUGUAUAAUUUAUAUGUAAAGGAUGCACAAUUUGCUGUUGUAAAGUUUAUAUAGAUUUCUGUCUGUUUGGAUUUUUUUAUAUAUCUAUCCCCCCACACCCCCGGCAAGGCUUCAGUCCACAGUGGACACCAGCUUGUAAAUAAUUAAUACCUACAUGAUUGAAUGAUGUGCUUUAUUUGCAUUUUCCACAUAUUUUUGCCUUACAUAAAACAGUAAUAAAAAUGCAAGUCCAAUUUUUAAUUUUUAAUAAAAAAGUAAGCCUUAGAAAACUGAUUAAAAAUACUUUUAUGUUAUCCCUAAUCACCCCACUAAAUGGAAUGCCUGCGAUUAGCCUCAUUAAGAAUUUUAUACUGUGAAGCUUUUAUUAGAAGCAAUAUAUGAAAAUUACUUGGAUUAAUGUGUUAAUCUGCCUCUUUAAAAUGCUAAUAUCCAUUUUAUGCACAUUAAAUCUCAGUAUGCGUUUUCUUUGAUGCAUGCCGUUUCUAUCAAUUAAAUAUAAAGAACGCGA